UUCGAGCGUUUUCGGGCAAGUAGGAGUAGCGCAGAGGAACGAGAUACACGUGUUGGUGCAAACCGACGGUACUCCGUAAAUCAUAUACGAUCUCGCAGGAAUCUCGCAGGAAUCUCGUUUUCUAAGUCAUUUUGGACGCGAAAUACGAAACUAAUUAUGGAUCUAUUCAUAAUCAUCAGCCUUCUGUUUGUAAUCUAUUAUGCAGUCUACCUUAUACUUCCUUCUUUCUUGGACUGUGAUAUACUGCUCGCUUUUAAGGAAAAGUACGGCCAACCCAUAUCCUCGUUAAAAGGCAAAACAGUAUGGAUAACGGGUGCGUCCGCUGGUAUUGGGGAAAAUCUAGCUUACGUGCUGGCCAAAGCAAACUGCAAAUUAAUCCUGUCCGCUCGGAGAGCCGUUGCAUUAGAACGGGUGAAGACAACUUGCUUGGAAGUGAACAAAUGUUUGACCGACGACGAUGUGGAAGUCUACCCAAUGGACGUACUCGACUUUAACUCGCACGAGAAGGCUUUUCAGCACGUGGUCAACAAAUUCGGAAAGCUGGACAUACUCGUUAACAAUGCCGGCCGCAGUCAGAGAGCGAAAUGGGAGAACAUCGAGAUGGCGGUUGAUAAAGAAAUGUUCGACCUGAAUGUAUUUUCCAUCUUAUCCUUAAGUAGAUUGGCAGUCAAACAUUUUCUAAAAACUGACGGGGGUCAAAUUGUUAAUACCUCGAGUCUCGCAGGAAUUUUGCCGGUACCGAUGUCGGCGUCCUACUGCGGCAGCAAACACGCCUUGCAUGGUUACUUCAAGCCGUUUUUCUUGGAAUACCCCGAUAAGCAUAUCAACGUGACGAUGGUCUGCCCGGGCCCAAUACAAACUGAUUUUCUAGCAGAGUGUUUUACGGAGAAGUCCGGCGAGAAAUAUGGCGUAACAACGGAUACGUCUAAAAGUAAAGUUAGCGUAGAACGUUGUGCAACCUUAAUGGGUGUCGCAAUUGCGAAUAAACUGGACGAAGUAUGGAUCGCCACAACGACCUCGUUACGACUCGCAUACCUGGCUUAUUGUUUUCCAAAUGUCAUCAAAUGGGUGGUAAAGACUUUAGGUAUGAAACACCUGCAGAAAAUGCGAGAUGCUAACGCUGCUGGCAAGAUAAAUUAAUCACGACUUCGGCAGUGAUUCGACAAGAUGAUAAUAAUUAUUUUUGCAUCGCGUUUGACUUUAUAUGCGAACUUUUACACGAUAUACAUCACAUACAAUAAAAUAGAUAUGAGAAGAAAU